GCAUCAUCUGAAGCAGGGAGAACGAUCUAGGGCACAAACUCCAUCCAUGUUUACAACCCAGCUUUGCUCCCCGCUUCCCACAGCCGAGACCCUAAUUCCGCCUUCUGUUCACUUAUCACCUUCUCAUUACCCAUCAAGCCAUUCUUCCAUCCCCCGGCUUCAUUCUACCGCGCUUCCCCUCAGCCGCUGCUACCUUACAACCCGAUAUCUCACCCGCAUCGCCCUUACCGAUGCUUCCUUUAGCCUCUCUCUUUUCACAGAACUCAGGUUAGACCAAUACGAAGUGGAUGCCCUUCUCCACCGCCAUCCGGAGAUCGAAUCAGUAGCUGCAGCUUCUCCUGAAUCACUUCGUCUUCGGAUAGGCACUUUGUUGUCCAUUGGGCUCGGCAACUCUGCUCUCCGGCGGACCAUCAUCAAGCGCCCUGACAUCCUCACCUCGCCGGAGGCUGGUCUCUUUCUCAAUUUCGUCCAUGAAGAGUCUGUAAAACUACUGCCGACAAAGCUCGAGCGUCUUCUAAUUAGCACCCAUUCCGCUCACUUUCAAGGGCUUGUAAUAAGAACCAAACUUUUUCUCAACCAUGGAUUCCCCCACGAGAAGCUCGGGCAUCUACUCAAUGUUGUUGAUAUCAAGAGGGCUUUCUGCGAGAAGACUAUCGAGGAUAUUGAGGAGAUGAUUUUGUUCUUGCAGCGCUAUGGAUGGCCGAAUACCAUUGUACGCCGUCCCAAUCUUCUCAACCUGGACCUGCAUAACCAGCUGAUUCCCCGUGCCCAGUUCUUCGCUAAUCUUGCUGGCGGCGAUGAAGAGUCCUCUUCUCACUUGAUCCGUAAACUGCCAGGAAUCCUUGCAUAUACGGUUGAGCACCUUCAGUCACACCUGAAGUUUUGGAGAUCUGUUGGUCUCACUGGUGGACAACUCUUCAAGAUAGCGCUUGUGUACCCCAAUAUCUUUAGCGUCAGCAUAGAGAGGAAGCUUAGUUCCAGAAUUGAGUUCCUCGAACAGUGCGGCUUGGAUGCCGAGGAAAUCUUUAAGUUUCUCGUCAAGGCUCCUCUUUUCACGAGCCUGUCCUUUGAGGAGAACCUUGCCAAGAAGCUGGCGUUUCUUGUUAAGCUGGGAUACGUGUAUCGGACCAGGGACAUGGCCUUGGCCGUUGGUGCGGUGACCAGGACGAGCACUGAGAACAUGCAGAAAGUAAUUGAGCUUUUCUUCAGCUAUGGCUUCUCUUGCGAGGAUGUGCAGGCCAUGAGCAGGAAGCACCCGCAAGUGCUGCAGUAUAACUGCGAGUCACUGGGGAAGAAGAUGCAGUUCUUGAUCAACGAUAUGGAAAGAGAGGUCAGGGAACUGCUGAGUUUCCCUGCUUUCUUAGGUUAUAAUCUGGAUGACCGGAUCAGGUACAGGUAUGAGAUAAAGAUGGCAAACAGAGGAAAGGGAUCGUCUAUCAACAAUCUUCUUUCUGUUUCUGAUGAGAGAUUUUAUUUGAAAACCAACAAAUGGAUUGAAGCAGGAUCAGAUUGUAAUUCUGAUCAAGUUAAGCUUUGAUAGUUGGUGCCAUUUUCUGUAGAAAAAAUGGGUUAAAAAAGGGGCUCGUUCCUGCCUGCUUAAAUGAGGUUGCCGGGGGCAUUCUUUUGAUUAACAAUUCCAAAUGACAAAAAAGUAAAUUUUACAAGGAGAUUCAUGAUGAAUCAAUAAAAUUAUGUAUGACCUCCUUCUAAUAGAUGAAUUCUAGGUUUGAAAACUAUCCCAAGACCUGACUAUUCGGACCUGAGGGGAAGUAAGCUGCCAUGCCAUUCGUCUAGCUUAAUCAUCUUUAUGUUGAAAUCAUUCACUAGGUGAGCGGAUGUUGCUAGUUUGAGGGAUGUCAUUUUGACCAUGAUAUAUAGGUGCCAAUUCAUCAAGAAGCUUUUGGACCCGUGAGAACUUCAACUUGUUCUCCUUAUACUCCACUUCAUAGAAUUCGUGACUUAUGGUUGGAUUGGUUCAUAGAACCAGAAUGAUUCGAGGUGAGAUCAUCACCUGGAUUGGAUUUAACAUGUUUUCUCAGACUGGCUACCAUUAAUGUAGGGAAGAGCUGGGGCACAAUCAUGCUAAUUCAGGCUCCAUUCUUCUUCUGUAUAGAGGUUUGACACUGUCUUGGAUCGGCAGAUGCAUCUUCUUUCAGGAUCUAAUGCUUCUCCAAUAGAAGUUGGAGAUUUUCUUUUAUUAAUGUUGCGGGGGAGGGUGGGCUAAUGCUUCUCCAAUGCUUCUCCAAUAGAAGUUGGAGAUUUUCUUUUAUUAAUGUUGCGGGGGAGGGUGGGCUAAUGCUUCUCCAAUGCUUCUCCAAUAGAAGUUGGAGAUUUUCUUUUAUUAAUGUUGCGGGGGAGGGUGGGCUAAUGCUUCUCCAAUGCUUCUCCAAUAGAAGUUGGAGAUUUUCUUUUAUUAAUGUUGCGGGGGAGGGUGGGCUAAUGCUUCUCCAAUGCUUCUCCAAUAGAAGUUGGAGAUUUUCUUUUAUUAAUGUUGCGGGGGAGGGUGGGCUAAUGCUUCUCCAAUGCUUCUCCAAUAGAAGUUGGAGAUUUUCUUUUAUUAAUGUUGCGGGGGAGGGUGGGCUAAUGCUUCUCCAAUGCUUCUCCAAUAGAAGUUGGAGAUUUUCUUUUAUUAAUGUUGCGGGGGAGGGUGGGCUAAUGCUUCUCCAAUGCUUCUCCAAUAGAAGUUGGAGAUUUUCUUUUAUUAAUGUUGCGGGGGAGGGUGGGCUAAUGCUUCUCCAAUGCUUCUCCAAUAGAAGUUGGAGAUUUUCUUUUAUUAAUGUUGCGGGGGAGGGUGGGCUAAUGCUUCUCCAAUGCUUCUCCAAUAGAAGUUGGAGAUUUUCUUUUAUUAAUGUUGCGGGGGAGGGUGGGCUAAUGCUUCUCCAAUGCUUCUCCAAUAGAAGUUGGAGAUUUUCUUUUAUUAAUGUUGCGGGGGAGGGUGGGCUAAUGCUUCUCCAAUGCUUCUCCAAUAGAAGUUGGAGAUUUUCUUUUAUUAAUGUUGCGGGGGAGGGUGGGCUAAUGCUUCUCCAAUGCUUCUCCAAUAGAAGUUGGAGAUUUUCUUUUAUUAAUGUUGCGGGGGAGGGUGGGCUAAUGCUUCUCCAAUGCUUCUCCAAUAGAAGUUGGAGAUUUUCUUUUAUUAAUGUUGCGGGGGAGGGUGGGCUAAUGCUUCUCCAAUGCUUCUCCAAUAGAAGUUGGAGAUUUUCUUUUAUUAAUGUUGCGGGGGAGGGUGGGCU